UGUUUCAGUCCCGUUUCCCUCCAUGGUUUCUCCUCUCCGACUAACUUAGCGGUGGCUCACUUCAUUAUACAGUCCCCUAUAUUCUCCCUCCGUUAGGGCAUCUCCACGCUCGGACCGACGAUCCCGGCGACACGCACGCAACCGCAACACCCCGAGAGAGAGAGGAAAAGUUUGACUUCCAGCGGUAAUGGUGUUUAUUCAAGAGAGGAUCCAAUUGGAGCGAAGAAACAGGGCACCGUCUGAAGUACAUGCACUCGUCCUGGACAACUGUCGAACGGACGAUGGAAACAUUGAAGGCCUCACAGAUGAGUUUGUCAACCUGACGUUCCUCAGUUUGAUAAAUGUCGGCAUAACGUCAAUCUCCAAAAUACCAAAACUAGAAAAACUCAAAAAGCUGGAGUUGAGCGACAACAGAAUCAGUGGCGGGCUAGAGGUCUUAGCGCUCAAACUCCCCAACCUCACACAUCUAAACCUGAGCGGCAACACAUUGAAAGAAAUCAGCACUUUGGAACCAUUGAAAAAGCUGAAACACCUGAAAAGUUUGGACCUGUUCAACUGUGAAGUCACCAACCUGAACGACUACAAGGACAGCGUCUUCAAACUCCUCCCCCAGCUCACGUACCUGGACGGCUAUGACAACGAGGACAAGGAGGCCUCCGACUCUGACGGAGAGGUGGACGGAGACGGCGUGGAUGACGAUGACGACGAAGAUGAGGAAGACGAGGACGGAGAGGAGGAGGACUUUGACGAGGAAGACGACGACGAGGAGGACGAGGAGGAGGUAGAGGGAGACGAGGACGACGAUGAGGUCAGCGGAGAGGAUGAGGAGGAAGACUACGGACCGGACGGGGAAGUUGAUGACGAGGAGGAAGAUGAGGAGGAAGACGAAGCAGAGGCCGAUGCCCACAAAGGCGAAAAGAGAAAGCGAGACCCAGAUGACGAAGAAGACGAAGAGGACGACGAUGACGAUGAAGAAGAUGAUUAGAAGCGAAAUGAGAGCCGACCGACCUCCUCUUCAUCCACCCGCACCCCCCCACAAACCCGAACAUCCACCCCUCCUACAAUUUGCAACCCCCACCACCCGCCUCUUCCCCUUCCCAAGCUCUGAGCUCUGUUUUUGGGGCAAGACUGUACUGGAUGGGUGGGGUCGUGUGGAACAACCACCGUCCUCCCCUUAAAACCCACUUCUUUUUUUUUUUCCCUCCUCACCAUCUUUUUCGAACUGAGUUACAAGCCCCCCCUCGCCCCUAACAGCCCCAAGGUUCUCAGGCAGCCCACCACUUAGCAUUCCACAUUUUCACUGUCAAAUCCCGCGUUAUGUAUUCCGUGUGAGGACUUUGGGACUGUUCUAGUUUUGGGUCUGUGCUUUUUCCUGAAUUUGUUGGCGGAAAUUUCUCAUUUUGUCGUCGCUGUUUGGUUUAAAGGUUUUUUUUUUUGUAUUAUUUUGUCUGUUUUCCGUUUACUCCCCACCCCCAAUCCACCCUACCCCCAAUAAAAUUAUUGCUAUAGCAGCUGUGCAACCAGUGAGCCAUACUUUUUUUGUUUCGGUGUGGCCACCUGUUGCACAAAUCCAAGGUUGUAGCUACAUUUUUACUUUCUGUAUGACAAUAAAACAAGUUUGUAAAUAAAAUGUUAACAUUUA